AGGCUGAACACUGUUGGAGUUGGAGCAGGAGUGACCUGUCGUGUUCAUAGGGUCCCGAACAUUAAGAAGGAGUGUGGGAAGGAGGAGCCACAGAUGUGUAUUUUUAUUUUGCAUGGAACUACUGUUAGAUUCUGCAGUCAAGAGAACCUGAUAUCUUCAUCUCUGUGGAUCUGUUUACAGCACACAGCGCAGGACUGGCAUUGGUAUGAGGGUCUGGAAAGAAGGGGAUGGAAAGAGUGCAAGCAUAACGUUAAGCCACUGAAUACAGCAGCCACUAUAAGAAAGAAGGCAGGAAUGGUUGUGAUCUGAGAAUAGAAAGAGAAGGAAGGCAUUGUAUGUUCAUUGUAUGAAAGAAAGUGUUACUGGAAAUAAGCUGGAUUCAAGGGAAAGGAAAGGCAAAGUCAACAUAGAGGGGGACUGAAAAAAGCAUCAGGCGACCAUGAUACAUAAAUGUAUUAUUCUCAUGUAAGAUGAAGCCAAGCUCAUGAAAAGGACCGACAGGUUCAAAAAGUAAGUUUUGGAAGACAAAUGCUGACAGAAAAAUAAGUAUCUGGGAAAAAAAGAAUGUGAAGGCUGAAACUUGAAAAUAAGAGAAGUAGUAACGAAAAGAACCCAAUAAUUUAAUUAUAUCCAGUUAGCCAUUGGAACUAUGGAUAGUUUAAACCAAUCAGCACAACGCUGAGAAUACCAGUAUGCCCUCGGUCAUGGAGAACGGGGAUGAAGUGACUGGGAACUCAAACCUUGCCCUGAUUCCAGACCAGAAGAAGUAUGAAAUCUGCCGGCAAAAGAAUUGCUGUGAGCGGGUGGUGAUCAAUGUGUCUGGACUACGGUUUGAGACCCAAGUCAGGACCCUCAGUCGGUUUCCUGAUACUCUGCUGGGAGACCCAAGGAGGAGAAUACACUUCUUUGAUCCCUUGAGGAAUGAGUACUUCUUUGAUCGAAACCGACCAUGCUUUGACUCAAUACUUUUCUUUUAUCAGUCGGGGGGUCGUCUUCGCCGGCCACCCAAUGUCCCUUUAGAUGUCUUUAUGGAGGAGUUAUUAUUUUAUGAGCUCGGACAGGAUGUAGUCAUGAAAUUCCGGGAAGAUGAGGGAUUUAUGAAAGAGGAGGAAAGACUCCUUCCAGAAUGUGAGUUCAUGAAGCAGGUCUGGCUUCUAUUUGAACAUCCAGAUAGCUCAUCUGCAGCAAGAAUCAUUGCCAUUAUCUCUGUUAUGGUCAUUCUCAUCUCCAUUGUCAUCUUCUGCUUAGAAACACUACCAGAAUUCAGAGAUGACAGGGAUGUAUCUUUACCGGUACAUCUUCAUCGGGCUAACAGCACACACCAUUUGAAGGAGAAAAGCCCCUUCGAGGACCCUUUUUUUAUUGUGGAGACCAUCUGUAUCUGCUGGUUUUCCUUUGAGCUUUCAGUGAGGUUUUUUGCAUGCCCUAGCAAGGCAGCUUUCUUCAAGGACAUAAUGAACAUGAUUGAUUUUGUGGCCAUCAUACCCUAUUUUGUUGCGCUGGGUACUGAACUCGCUCGCAACAAAGGUGUAGGGCAACCUGCUAUGUCUUUGGCCAUCCUCAGGGUUAUCCGUUUGGUCCGAGUCUUCCGUAUCUUUAAACUCUCCCGUCACUCUAAGGGUUUACAGAUCUUGGGACAGACAUUGAAAGCCAGUAUGAGGGAAUUGGGGCUUCUGAUAUUUUUCCUUUUCAUCGGAGUUAUACUCUUCUCCAGCUCAGUCUACUUUGCUGAGGCUGAUCAUGCGGAUACAGCGUUUACAAGUAUCCCUGAAGCAUUUUGGUGGGCUGUGGUCACCAUGACAACAGUAGGUUAUGGAGAUAUGUCACCUGAAACAGUAGGUGGGAAACUGGUUGGGUCUCUUUGUGCCAUUGCCGGUGUGCUGACCAUCUCCUUGCCAGUGCCAGUCAUUGUAUCCAAUUUUAGUUAUUUCUACCACCGAGAAACUGAAUGCUCAGAUAUUGGCCAGUACGACCAUGUUGGGUCAUGCCCUAAUAGUCCUCCACUUACCCCAAAGACAAAAGGAAAAGACAAGAGUCCUAUGAUAAGCAAACUUAGAAAUAUAGUCACCAAUUCCAAGGCAGAAUUCCUCGAUGGACUAGGCCCUGCUGAUGACAGACAGCUGGUUCCUGGCCAGCCCUCACAUUUGAUAACCGAAGUUUGAUUUUGGAAUGUCUUCACUUAAUACUGUCUCUUCAACCUUGUCUUAAAUUAUAACAUUUACAAUGAAGAGUCAGCCAAAGAAUGAUUUCUUUUUAUCUUGGAUUUCCAACAAAGAACACUGUUCAUUGAGACAACCUCAUCCAGAGACGUUGCACAAUUUCAUCCUGGAACUUUAAAAAUUGUUGAUUUAUUUAUAAAAGUUGUCAAGCAGCUGAAGAUAAUUUGUAGCUUUAAAAGCAGUAUUAUAGGCACCAAAGAGCCACGUUGAUGAGAAGUGAAGCAAACUUAAACACCUGAAGAAGGAUACAUUUUGAUGGACUGAACCUCAAGUGAGUAUACUACAUGAUCUGAUGUUGUCUGAGCCAUAGAUGCCCAGUAGAUCUUGCACUUUUUUAUUGGUCAGUAGGAGGCUUUGUACCAACAGGCAAAGGAUGCCCCAUGAAGAUCCCAAGUGGGACAUCUGGCCAUCAAACUGACAUGAAACUAUGAAACUACAGACAUGUGCUAUUGAAUUACAUGUGCUGAGAAAGCCUGAAGGGAACAGCCAGAGGAGAGAA